CGGUCCGGCCGUCAGUCGCUCCGCAGCCGUUGUCGCGGCAAGUUCGUCCCCGUGUCACUUGGUUUGCGCGUUGCGCGACUUACGACGUACGUCGGGAUUUCUCUCGCGGGAACUUGUGCAAGAGAGUGAGAUUGAUCGUUUCGCGAUCCUCACGCGAGUUGCGGCAUUCUCGCGGUGAUCCUACAGUCUCGACGGUCGUGUGUGUGUGUGUGCGUGUGUGUGUGUGUACGUGUGUGGGCGUAUGUGUGUGUGUGUGUGUGUAUGUGUGUGUACGCGCGCGCUCUUACGUUCUCGGAUAAACAACCGAGUGUGCACUGUGUGCAUGGUGCCAGCGUGUGUGACGCUGGCAUCAGUAUUGCUGGCGACGAUUCGCGCUGCCACAGCCGUCGCAUCGUCUUGAAGAGUGGAAAAGAGAAACGGGAGUGAAGUAAAUAGAUGGUAAUAAAAACGUGUGCUUUCAAAGGAGUUGAGAAGAAAUCUUUCGAGUCGGAGUGUUUUACAACGACGACGUCGACGACGCGGCAGCGACGCGGUUUUCUUCUGCUUUACCGACUGAAAAAAAGGCUGAGUCGCGUCUCUCGCAUUGCAGAGCGUAAAGAAAGGUGCGGACACAGCUGCCGUCGGAUUGCCUCCUCGCGCUCGUCUCGUCACGUCGACUCGCGCGCGUCGUGCGUGACUCCGAAUGAACGACGCGAGGACGACGGCGAGGACGAGGACGACGUCGACGACAACGACGACGACGACGACGACCAGCCUCACCUGACCGCGCGGCGGACCGAGAGUGAGAGAAAGAGGAGAGAGAGGCCGCUACCACCGACCGAAUGGCAGUGGCCCGCGCGCGAGUGUAACGUUUGAGCAACCGUCUGUCGCGCGCGCGCGCGACUAAUGAGACGGCGGCAGUAACGGAUGGAUUGGUGGCGACCGCCGAUGGAUUUUCGGCGGGAAAUCGGCCUGUUGCGAGUAACGUUCGCGUCCGCGUCCGCGUCGUAUUGGAACGUAGCAGCGCGUCGUCGCGGAACGAUACGUCGUCGCCGAGAGUGCCGAACGUCGUAGCAGUCGUAGAGAGAAGAAAAAAGAAAAAAAAAAAAAUUGGACGAGCGUGCGUUUCGCUUCUUCUGUUAUUAUCUUGUUGCCGUUGUGUGCCGUUUGUUGUUAUCAUCGAAAUAAAGUGUGCCGUGUGUGACAUGACGCGCCUUCACUGAGAGAGGUAUUCCGGAAUCACGUCUCUCGCCGGUGUUCGUGCAGCAGCGCUACCUUGGGGUGAACGCGCAUCGAGCGGGAAAUCACGCAGGAAGGAUGUAUCCCAGCGCCGGAAUCAACGCAGCCGCCGUGGCCGCCGCCGCUGCCAGGCAUCCGGGUCCACCGCAGCCUGGUCAGCCGUUCAAAUUUUCGGUCGGCGAGUCGUGCGAUCGUAUCAAGGAGGAAUUCAACUUUUUGCAAGCCCAAUACCACAGCCUUAAAUUGGAGUGCGAGAAACUGGCCAGUGAAAAAAUAGAGAUACAGAGGCAUUACGUGAUGUAUUACGAGAUGUCGUACGGGCUCAAUGUGGAGAUGCACAAACAGACGGAAAUAGCAAAGAGGCUGAACGCCAUUGUCGUACAAAUUCUGCCAUUUCUCUCGCAGGAGCAUCAGCAGCAAGUCGCUUCGGCGCUCGACAGAGCGAAGCAAGUGACCAUGACCGAGCUGAACACUAUUAUCGGGCAACAGAGGCCCGAUCUGCCGAGACUCCUGCAACAGAUGCACGCCCAGCAACUGCCACCGGGUGCGGCGAUGGGACCGCAUCCGGGUAUACCUGGACUUCCUGGCUUGGGCCCGGGUGCGGGUAUACCGGUUCCCACCUCGGCAGCAUCCGCGGCGCUUCUCGGUUUAGGCCUUCCUCCGGGAGCGGCUGCCACCCCCGGAGGUACAGUCGCGCAUCCGCUGUCAAUGCUAACGAAACCGGAACUUCAUCGCGGUCAACCUGACGAUCUUAAACCAAACGGAGGUCUCAAUCCAGCCGAGGAGAGGCAUAGAAACUCGAUAUCGCCAGCAGAACGAGAGAAGUACAGACCGCGCAGCACACCCGAUCCACAGCACGAACACAUACUGGGGAAGAAGCUGAAAAAGGAACAGGACAAGGAUAUAGGCCAUCAAAGCGAUGGUGAAAAGAGCGAUCAAGACCUGGUGGUCGACGACGCGAGCGAGGGUCCAACCAGUCCUGCGGCGAAUGGCACUGCGUCGCCGCGAGAGAACGGUCUCGACAAGUUGGGCCCGUCCUCGGUGCCAAUGAGCGGUCAGGUGAAGAAGGAAGUACCGCCACCAUCACCUAGAAGCGGCACCAGCAGCAACGCGAGUACGCCUUCGGCUAAGAAGAUGGAGGAGCGCGAGAAGCCGACGACACCGAUCUCGAAACCGGUUACACCGACGUCAGCAGGUAGCAGUUCCGGCUCCGGUGGCCUGAAACCAUCGAGCUCCAGCAAGCCAUUGGUCUCGGCUUCGGUGGUCGGCCCUUAUCCACCGCAUUAUCCACCACCGCAUCAUCCGCCCGCGGGACCUCACGUGGACAUGUUAGGCUAUCCCCCGGCGGCGCUCAACGGUGGUUACCCCACGAGACCACCCCUUCAACAGCUUUACGAUCCUCAUGGUAGCAUGAGAGCGCCACUCGGACCGAUCAUUCCUCCCGGUGGUAAACCUGCGUACAGUUUCCACGUGUCUAGCGAAGGUCAGAUGCAGCCGGUGCCGUUCCCACAGGACGCGCUUAUCGGCCCGGGAAUUCCGCGUCACGCGCGUCAAAUAAACACGCUUACUCACGGUGAAGUAGUCUGUGCUGUGACAAUCUCCAAUCCGACCAAGUACGUCUACACCGGCGGCAAGGGUUGCGUCAAGGUGUGGGACAUCAGUCAAGGUGGCAGCGCUAGCGCGAAACCCGUCUCCCAGCUCGAUUGUCUGCAACGGGACAACUAUAUCAGAUCGGUCAAACUGUUGCCUGACGGAAGAACUCUGAUUGUGGGAGGCGAAGCGAGUAAUCUCAGCAUCUGGGACCUGGCGAGUCCGACACCGAGAAUCAAAGCCGAACUGACCUCCUCGGCGCCAGCGUGUUACGCCCUGGCCAUCUCCCCGGAUUCGAAGGUCUGCUUCAGUUGUUGCAGCGAUGGCAAUAUCGCCGUAUGGGAUUUGCAGAAUCAGACGUUGGUUAGACAAUUCCAAGGUCAUACGGAUGGCGCCUCGUGUAUCGACAUCUCUGCGGACGGUUCGAAACUGUGGACAGGUGGUCUCGACAACACCGUCCGUUCCUGGGACCUUAGGGAAGGCAGGCAACUGCAGCAACACGAUUUCACGUCACAGAUAUUCUCUCUGGGAUACUGCCCGACUGGCGAGUGGUUAGCCGUGGGUAUGGAGAAUUCUAACGUCGAAGUGCUGCAUGCUACGAAACCUGACAAGUAUCAGUUGCAUCUGCACGAAUCUUGUGUGCUGUCGUUACGUUUCGCUUCGUGCGGCAAGUGGUUCGUCUCUACUGGCAAGGACAAUUUACUUAACGCGUGGCGCACCCCAUACGGUGCCUCGAUUUUCCAGUCGAAAGAGUCGUCCUCGGUGCUUAGUUGCGAUAUUUCUACGGACGACAAGUACAUUGUGACCGGAUCCGGCGACAAGAAAGCCACCGUCUACGAAGUGAUGUAUUGAGCCACAUAUUGGUUCGACGAUACACUUUGAUAUACAACGUCUGAAGUUUCACGUGAAAUUAAGUGUGAUUGACUCAUGACGGAGGAAUUGAAAACAGAAAAUUAGUUUUUUUUACUUCCUAAAUGUAACUUCAAGGAACUGUACGACAAGUUUAUCAAGUUUAAUAACAAUUGACAAGACUUGGUCAGUGUACUACGGUCGCUACAUUUGACGGAAACCGAAUUAAAUUUCACAUUUCUGUAAUCCCCCCCAAAAAAAGAAAUCUAAUACAUCCGGAGGAUAGUAUAUAAAUUAUGGGGAUACAAAUAUAUAUAAAGAUUACGGAAUUUAGCUGUAUAAGAUUGUAUAGAGCCUAUAAUCGUAAGUAGGAUGAAGCGAAUGAAACAUGAGAGAGAGAGAGAGAGAGGGGGGGGGAGAGAUGCGUGUAUCCGUCUGUAUUUAAUGUAGGAGGCGAUAAUGAAGGCGCUUGUGUAAUAUGUUACUGAUGUAAUAUAGAAUCUUUAUAAUUAGGUCCUUUUGCAUGUGAUCGUGAAGGAAACGGAGCGAAUAAUUAAGUACAUUUCGUCGGGUGCGGUCGUUUCCUUGCAAUAAUGCUGCAGCGACGAAACGAACGCCACGACGAAAUACCUGAAUACGUACGGAAUGCUGAUCUAGUGUUGUAGACUUGUCAAAGUAGGGAUGUAUGUUGUGUCGCAGAAUUAUACAUAAUAUAUUGAGCACACAUGUAGACAAAACGUUUACGUCAAGUAGCGAAGAAAUUGUAGAGCUAUGAAGAAACCGAGAAGUAUCGAUCACGCUAAACAGUGUUGAACGUACGCGACGCGUACGCGUUCGUUCGGUAUCGAAGCCAGCAAUGUGAUCUUUGACAUUUCUACCACCGACAAGAGGAAUAAUUUGUACUUAUUACACUUUCAGUUUUAAAUACGAUUCUUUUGUAAUUAUAUGGCACUGUUGCGUCUGCCGUUAAGACUUUAUUGUAAUUGAGAUUUUAUAAAACGUGUCGAAGAGAGGAGAUAAAACAGAAAAAAAAACAGAGGAAGAGAGCGAAAGAUACUUUUCGAUCUUUUGCAGUAAUUGAAUGAAACUGGCUUUCAUACGCCUAUUACGAGCGGUAUCGAAUACAAAUAGGAACUCUGUAAGUUGCGCGGCGAACGCGUUAUCAGAUACUUGAUACAAUUGUACAUUGUUUGCGAGUCUUGACUGCCAUAAUAGGCAUAUACAUACUACGCACACGCAUAUAUGCGUAAACAAACACGAGCGAGCGGACCACGUUCGUGGGCGAAUUUUGCAGAAUAUUCGAUAAAGUAUUUUUGUGACUAUUCAUCGUGAAACCCUAGGCUUAACCAUCGAGCAAAAACCGGUCGCGCGCGUCUGCAUCGACGGCUGCAGAGACGGGACGAUAAUGUAAAAUGAGGCGAAGCACUUGAAUUCUUACACCGCCCCCCUUCGGUGCAAGGUUACAAAGCCGGAGGUGUGUGCAUCUGGACUUUUAGGGUACUAGUUAGCGCAUUAUUAUUCGGAGGCCGUAUAGUGAAAGCGGGUGAUGCGUAAUGGAGAUUUAUAUUUUGUUACAGGAAGGCACAUACAUACACACACACACGUUGACAUCCGCUGUGAUCGUUCGAAAUUCAACGCCACGGUAAUAACUGCCGCGACAACAACUUUGCAUUGUAACGUGAUUGUAACAUUGACGUGCGGUUGCGGUGCUACACGGCACGCGGCCCGGAUGAACGGAUACCUCGGAUUUUGGACGAUCACAGCUCCGUUUAUAUAGACCAAUAGAAACAACGAUACCUCAAGAAGACUCAAUAGUUAAUUAUCUCUAACUCAUCGACUUGUACAGAAUCGAUAUUCUUUUACAGUUGAAUAACACACGCACCGUGAAAAAGGAAGCAUUACGCGAGACAAAAGCGAAAAAGGGUCGCAUAACCGCGACAAUGAUCGUACCCUGCCUCUCCCCUUACUUCUCCCUUUUCCUCCCCCAUCCGGAUCAUACCGUAAAUAUGUUGAAUUGCGUCUCCGUGCUCGCAUUUUGCACACCAAAAGCGAAAGCGUACGAAAGCCGCCGUGGGAGAGAAUAUACGUUCGUAAUAAACGGAAGACAGGCAGCGUUAAUCUUUUUCCAAGCACUGUUCAAGUUGUUCCUAUAGCUACGCGAAAAUUGUUUCUUUCGGCAAUUAAAUCCUCUAUAUCUAUAUA